AUGUUUUAUUCAUUUAUUGGAAUAUGCUUAACUGCAGAAGCAAAUCCAAAUACGAAGAAGGUGAUGUGUGUUGGAGUCUCCUACAGGAGAUGCAACCAGACGGCUUCGCCACGAAAGAGGAAGCCUGUGUUCUUUGAGCCCAUUGAGGAAGUGGCCGUUGAAUCUGAUGAUGGGAACUACAUAACGAUGACUAGUCCAGAAAUGGCCAAGAAGACUUCACCAAUUGUGAAUAAUCCACUUUACGCAAACCAGGAAGUCAUAGACUGCAAUCGCAGCAUCGAUUCUGGCUUCACCUCUGAGCCAAACACACCCAGAAAUGAGGUAUCUGAGUGCAAUCUGUGGCAGUAUUCAACACUUCCAAUCUGUCAAACACCUCACUUGUGUAAUUCUGUUGAGAGAAUGUUCAGUUUGGUUCAACAGAAUACCAAAAUGUUGACUGAGCACAUCAGAAUGCAGGUGUUUGACACGAGGGAGACACUGAAUCGAAUCAUUGAACUGAAGGAGAUGGUUAGUAAACCGAUCAAGAAGAAACAGAAGAGGUUGAGCAAGGGUCGGGUUAUUGAGAAACUCAAAGGGCUCAAUAUCUUGGGGGUUUGUUAUUAA